AUGGAGACAGGCGACACCAAAAAGAGACAGGCAGAAGACGAGCCUUCGGCUGCUUCCUCCUCUUCAGGCAAACGGGCCCGUAUAGCAAAUAGUUGCCAGUGGAUUAACAACGAAAAGAUAUACAAGGACUGGAUUGAGCGGAAAAAUGGUGUCUGUCCAAUUCUCUGGGUCCAUGGUCCUCCAGGAUCUGGCAAGACCUUUCUCUCCAGAUUCGUCGCUGAUACUCUACGGGCGUCGUCAGAACAACCAGCCACAGCUUGCUAUUUUUGCGAAGAAGCGAGCUCCCUACUCCAAAUUGUACGCUCCGUUCUCGAGCAGUUGGCUGGCCAUGUAAGAACGACGCCGUCAGGGAGAGAUGUACUGGUCCAUGCCAUUGACGAGCUGGCAGCCCGCAAAGACUCUGCGGCUGCCUCGCCCGAUGCAAUAUGGGAUCUUUUCACCACCGCCUUGCAGGGUGUCUCGACCUGGAACCUGGUCAUUGACGGGGUCGACGAGUUGCAGUGGCCUAUCCUCAGUGAACAGGAGUUCAACUUCACGCAUCGUCUUCGCCGACUUGCGAGUGGAAGCUCAGGAGCUGGAAAACUUUACGUCUCAAGCCGAACGCUCGCAAACAUUCGGCACCACUUUCACAACGUCCCUACGAUCGUUCUUACUCAGGAUAAACUAGAGGACGACAUCAAAACUUUCGCCUCUGAUCUCGUUGAUGGCCAUCCUCAUCUAGGUCCUUACAAAGACGUAAUCGUACGGUCUUUAGUGAAGGGGGCAGAUGGCAUCUUCACCUGGGUUGAAGUGUCUGUGCAGUCUCUGGCCCUGGAAACAACGGAGGAAGGAAUAAUCGAACGCCUCAACAACCUUCCUCCCGCAUCGACGGAUCUUUAUGCCGCCAUCAUAACAAAACAAUCAGAACGGCUCACAUGGACUGAUCUUCAGAUACGCAAUGCAAUCCUCCGUUGGACGGUCAAUGCUAUUCACCCUCUGAAUGUGCUCGAACUCUCCAAUGCCGUGUCAGUUAGCACCAAUGCCUUCGUGGCCGAAGUGGAGGAGAAGGCUGUGGCGGUGUGCGAUGGCCUUGUCAAAAUUGAAGGCGGAAAGGUCCGGGCCAUGCACCAUUCUCUCUUGGACUUUUUGAGAUCUUCGCACGAGAGCGCGGCAGCAAUGGCAGAUGUGCACGGCGCUGCUGGCCAUGCUUCAAUUGCCAUUGCUUGUUUACGAUAUUUGUCGCACCCUGCUUUCGCCGUCCCCAGCGGAAUAGAUACUACCAACGAGUUUCCCAAGUCUAGCUAUCCACUCCUGGAGUACGCUGCGCUCUACUGGGUGCAUCACGUCACUCAAGCGGACAGAACAAACAAGGAGCUCCAGUCGCUUAUCACGCAAUUUUUUGAUGGUUCAACGGCCUUUGUCUGGUUGGAUUGCCUUCUUCCAGCGUUUUUCUCUCGCUCCGUCUUACCAAUACCGCCACGACCCAAGAAUAGCGCCCGUUUCUUUCACUUGUUUACCCUCAAAUCACAACUUGUGAAAUUCUUUGAUCAAGACGAGCCUAAGGCGGAUUUCGAUCGCAAGAUCUCUGGCUUUCUCUCUAGCAGCUAUGAACGAGCGCUAGCUGAUGCCAGAGCCGAUGCAAGCCCAAACCUGGAGACAUCGACCGUACUCCAACGCACGCUCGAUCUCGGCGAAGUCUACGGCUGGUUACCUGACCAAAGAUCGAGGUCAGAAACCCUUUUUGCUGAGGCAUUCAGCAUGGCACAACGCCUCAAACUCGCCAACGAGCUUUCUUUGGAUAUCUCUCUGGAAAUUGCGACAUAUCAGGCGCAAGCAGACGCCUUGAAACGUGGUGGCAAAUAUAACGAAGCACGUACCAUACUUGAGCAACUGGUUCAACUCAUUCAACCCCAGCCUUCUACACCGCCAAUGGAAUCCAGCUUGAUGUUUGCAUUGGACAGUCUCGGUUGGGUAUGCAUGAGAUUAGGGUCACUCGCCGACGCGGCUGCUCACCUGUCGCACGGCCUCCAGCUCGCCACAAAGCUCUCCGGCACGACCUCAUCGCUCACCCUUCGCUCUAAGAUAACCCUAGCGGAAGUCCUUAUGAAACUCCACCGUGCGCAGGAAGCUGAGGCUCUAUGCCAACAACUGGUCGAUCAGCUGGACUCGCAUCGCGAGAUCGGCAUUCCUCUGCCGCGGGACUCGAUUUCCCACCUGAACACCCUUGCCGCCGUGUAUAUGGCGCAGGGCAAAUUCGCACAAGCUGUCCAGACUUUUUCGAUGGUCGUAGAGGAUCGGACAGCCACAUUCGGCGGGGACCAUCCUAUGACAUUGUGGGCGACAAUGCAACUGGGCCUGGCGAUGGAAAAGGCAAGCACAGGAUCCGGCGAGUUGCUGGCAUUGUUCGAUAACUUGGUCAUGCGACAGGAAAAGGUGCUAGGAACCCAACACCCUGACGUCAAUACCAGUAGAGAGGCCCUGUCCAGGGUGCAGGGGGCUGCCGCCUAA